AUGACGACCCUGUUGGCAAACAUCAACGAUGAGGUGUUCCGCACGUACAUCUUCUGGGCGGGAGUGCUGGUGCUGAAGAUGCUCGCCAUGUCCAUACUGACUGGCCGGCAGCGUUUCCGCAAGAAGGUGUUCGCCAAUCCGGAAGAUUUGCAACCCUCCAAAAAGGGUGCCACACCGAAGUUUGACGAUCCGGACGUGGAGCGUGUGCGCCGGGCCCACCGUAACGAUCUGGAGAACAUUCUCCCAUUCUUCACCGUCGGGCUGCUGUACAUGCUGACCAACCCGGAACCGUUCAUCGCAAUCAAUUUGUUCCGUACCGUCGCAGUGGCCCGCAUUCUGCACACGAUUGUGUAUGCGGUCGUAGUGAUACCCCAACCUGCCCGUGGCUUAUCGUGGGGCAUUGCAUACUUUGCCACCGCUUACAUGGCGGUGAAGACCGUACUAUUUUUCCUUUAG